CCGGAGCCGGCUGGAACCGAGCGGCGAGCCGAGCACGCCUCUGCAGCAGCUCCGCCGCCAGCCACCCACACAGCGUCUCCGGACCAGCAGUCCCCGCUCGUUGCUCUGCCCGUGGUGGGUCCCAUCCGCGAGGCUUAGAAAACUACAAGGCGGUCACCAGACGCCCACUCCAGCAGGCAGCAGCAUGCAGUCGCCUCCAAGCCUGUGCCGACGCGCCCUGGUGGCGCUGCUUCUUGCCUGUGGCGUCGCGGGGAUCUGGGCAGAGGAGAGAGGAUUCCCGCCGGCCGGGGCCACUCCGCCACUUCUGGAGAUGGGAGAGACAAUGACACCUCCCACUAGAACCUCUUGGCCGAAAGGGUCCAACGCCAGCCUGCCAAGGUCGUCCGCACUUCCGCAGGUGCCUAACGGAGGAAGGACUGCAGGGGCUCGGCCACGCACUCUUCCUCCUCCCCCGUGCCAAAGAUCUAUCGAGAUCAAGGACACUUUCAAGUACAUCAACACAGUGGUGUCCUGCCUCGUGUUCGUGUUGGGCAUUAUCGGGAAUUCCACCCUGCUGAGAAUCAUUUAUAAGAACAAGUGUAUGCGAAAUGGACCCAAUAUCUUGAUCGCCAGCCUGGCUCUGGGAGACUUGCUGCACAUCGUCAUUGACAUCCCCAUCAAUGUCUACAAGCUCCUUGCAGAGGACUGGCCUUUUGGAGCUGAGAUGUGCAAGCUGGUGCCUUUCAUACAGAAGGCCUCCGUGGGAAUCACUGUGCUGAGUCUGUGUGCUCUAAGUAUUGACAGAUAUCGAGCUGUUGCUUCUUGGAGUCGAAUUAAAGGAAUCGGGGUGCCAAAAUGGACAGCGGUGGAAAUUGUUUUAAUUUGGGUGGUCUCUGUGGUUCUGGCUGUCCCUGAAGCCGUGGGUUUUGAUAUGAUUACGGUUGACUACAAAGGAAGUUAUCUGCGAAUCUGCUUUCUUCAUCCCACUCAGAAAACAGCCUUCAUGCAGUUUUACAAGACAGCUAAAGAUUGGUGGCUAUUUAGUUUCUAUUUCUGCUUGCCACUGGCCAUUACUGCAUUUUUUUAUACCCUGAUGACCUGUGAAAUGUUGAGAAAGAAGAGUGGCAUGCAAAUUGCUUUAAAUGAUCACUUAAAGCAGAGACGAGAAGUGGCCAAAACAGUCUUUUGCCUGGUGCUUGUCUUUGCCCUCUGUUGGCUCCCCCUUCAUCUCAGCAGGAUUUUGAAGCUCACUCUUUAUGAUCAGAAUGACCCCAGUAGAUGUGAACUUUUGAGCUUUUUGUUGGUUUUGGACUACAUCGGCAUCAACAUGGCCUCCCUGAAUUCCUGCAUUAAUCCAAUAGCUCUGUAUUUGGUGAGCAAAAGAUUCAAAAACUGCUUUAAGGUAAGAGAGUAUUACAAAAUAAAAAGUUCUUUUAAUCUGACAUCAAACAUAACCCUUCAAAUCCAUCAACAUUUUUAUCCAGAGCAACGUAGUAAAUCAUUUUACAAUUUUCCCUUGCAUUGUAUCAUGGAUUUUUUUUUUUUUUUUAAUCAUGACUUUUACUUACAAAUCACUGUAGUCAAUUUUUGCCUAUGGAUCAUAGUCAACCACUCCCUACUGCCUCAACCAAUUAGUUAUACUCAUGGAAUUGCUCAGAAAAUUAAUAAAAAUUAUACUCAUAGAUGUCUGACAGAUGUCACAUAAUAAGAUAAUAGCUAAACAUAGAUUAACUGUUCUGCUUCUCAGUUUUUGGGAGAUUUUGGAUGAUACAGCCACAACAAAUCUGAAUUAUAAACAAAUUAGUCCCUUUUUCCAUGACUAUGAAAACAGCAAAUCAAACAAAGAAAUACAAUUAAACUUCUCCUCUUUUCCAUCUUCUUGGUAAAGGAGAAAUGUGCUGCUCAAUGUGGAAUAUUUGUCAUUAUUCCUCAGUCAGCUGCCUGCAUCCUAACAGCCAUCCAUCCAUUCAUUCACUCCUUCAACAAUCUAACAAGAAAUAAUAUGUUUCCUCCCUGAUAUGGGAAUAGCUCAUUUGUCCCUGGGAUUUCAUCAUUGGAAAGCCAAGAAUUUAGCUGCCCUAUAAAAUCCAAGGCAGUUUAUAAAAUUCUCACUCAUAAUUUAUAGAUUUUAGAGCUGGAAAAUCAUAAAUUCAUAGAUUUUAGAGUUGAAAGAGAAGGUUCAUCAAGAUCAACUCGCUCGUUUUAUAAAACAGAAAACAGUGGAUCAACCGUCUUCUCAUAAUGUAAUUUCUUAGAAAACAAACGGAACAAAAUUUUAGAUUAAAAAAAAUUCAAGAAAAAAAUGGGAAAAUUAUAAUUGAGAUGCUUGUAUACUUUAAAACCUUAUUGUAGAACAACAUUGAAAUGGCACAUGAGACUAUCAUGUGGCUGAAGAAAAUGGUGAUGUAGCCCUAAAUUCACUGGGAUGGAAAGAUGUUUAUGACGUUCUUAAAUGAAAAAAAAUUAGGCUAUGCAACAGUAUGUGUACUGUCAUCUCACUGAAAUAAAUUAUAACCCACUCACAAGCACAUGCACGCAUACAAUCGUGUAUAUAAGUGUGUGGUAGUAUCUAUAUCUAUUUUUCCUAUUUGCAUAGAAAAUAUAUUUAAGUAUCUUGUUUUUGUUUUUGUUUUUUUUAGUGUAACAGAAUAUAUUUGUUGUGAAUAGAUAAGAUUCGAAUCAGUCAGUGUCACCCAAACGUAUUGGGAAGGCGCUCCAAAGGGGGACAUUGAAAGCGGGUUAUAUAGGUCAUUGCAAUGUUAAUUUCUCAGGAGAUAACAUCAAAGCAUGAGCAAGGCUUCAGGGUCCAUAGGUUACAGAAACAGAAUCACCGAGGACAUUCCAUACAUACUAAAACACAGCUUCUAGUCAGACCCUGGAAUUCCUGCUUCUCGAACCUUGGCUGCACAUAAAUAAUUUUCCAAAAGAACCCAAUACUUAAGGCCAAAGGACUCCACUCAGCUGCUUAGUAAGCUAUUAUUUGACGUGAAGGUGACUCCAGGGAGCCACUUUCUUCAAGGCUCAAAAGGACACCUAAGGGGGAUGGCCUGGGUGGGUCACCUAUUUAAGUAUCUAUUUAUCCAAGUAUUGAAAGUGACUUUUUCUUGAUGAGGCGUCUUAAGCAUAUCUUUUUUUUGCUUCUCUGUAUUUUCUAGUAUCACAUGCUAGUAUCGUUUACAUACUCUGUAUAUACUUCUAGUAUCAUAUACUACCUGUAUAAUAUGUAAUUAUAUAUUUUUAAGGAUAAAAACUAAGAGAGCUUAGAAAGGAAGUGGUCCAAGA